AUGGAGAGCAGCUCUAGUUCAGAUGAAAGUGAAUAUGACGACAUCCAAGAAUUCUUCCCAGCAAGCGAAUGGAGAGAAAUGUCGUCCUACGAAAAGGGCAGCUACAGGAACGCAAAGAGGAACUUCAGUGCCAUGCAACAGGCGGGACUAACUCCCAAAGUACCCCAUUGGAUGCAGAGGAAUUUUAAAGUUGUGAAGAAGCCAGCAGCGAAGCGGGUUAAAUCAGUCGAGGAGGACGAAGACUUCGACGAGAAAGAUUUAGAAUGGUCCCCUCGAAAGGAAAACCAGACAGGAACGUUUUGCGACGACUGCGGCAGAGAGUGGGAGGGAGAUUGCCCUGAGCACGGACCUCUCCAGGUCAUCCCGGAUUCAGAGGUGACUAUACACAUUUCAGACUGUGGUGGUUCGGAGUGUCUUUUCCCUAGUAUCUCGGCAGCAUUUCUUACGAUCUCUCCUCCUUUCCUCCCGCUGCUGCUCCAGGUCGCCGUCAACGACCCGGAGCGGGCACUUCGCUCGCUGCCGAGCUGCCUGGCGGUGCACGACAGCAAGAUCCAGGGGGCGGGCCAAGGCGUCUGGGCCAAGCAAGCCAUCUCUAGGCGGGUACGCUUCGGUCCAUAUGAGGGUGACAUCACCAAGAAGAAGGAGACGGGGUACGGCUGGGAGAUCCGCCGUGAGGGGAAGACAGUGCACUGCGUGGACGCUCUGGACCCGGCGCACUCCAACUGGAUGCGCUUUGUCAACUGUGCUCGCAACAAGGGAGAAGAGAACCUGCACCCGUACCAGUACCACGGCAAGCUGUACUACCGCACGGUGUGCGACAUCCCGGCGAACACCGAGCUGCUCGUGUGGUACGGGGACUCGUACGGCAAGGAGCUGGGCAUCGACCCCAAGGACUACAGGGAGCCGGCCAGCGACGCGCGCGCCUUCACUGGAACCUUCCCCUGCGAGCAGCAAUGCGGCAUUUGUUUCGUAAGUCCUCUGCUGCUGGCGCAGCACCGACGAUCGGGUCGCUGCCAGGCAGAGAUCAACCGCCGCCGGGCUUGCGGUGCUCCUGGGGCUGAGGCUCCUGGGGCUGCGGGCGCCAGUACCGGCGCGGCGGCUGCGGGCUCGGGGGAAGACCAGCGGCGCACCCAGGGCAAGCAUAGCUGUGGCGUGUGCGGGGCUGCCUUCGGGGAUAGCUCCAAGCUGGAGAGACACAUGCGCAUUCACACCGGAGAGAAGCCGUUCACCUGCACCACCUGCGGGACUGCAUUCAAUGAUCAGACCAACCUCCAGCGGCACAUGCGCAUAGUCCACACCAUGGAGAAGCUCUUCAGCUGCGCCACCUGCGGGGCUGCAUUCAAUUUGAAAGGCAGCCUCCAGCGGCAUAUGCACACCCACACCGGGGAGAGGCCGUUCAGCUGCGCCACGUGCGGGGCUGCAUUCAACAGGAGCAACAUCCUCAAGGACCACAUGCGCACCCACACCGGGGAGAAGCCGUUCAGCUGCACCACCUGCGGGUCGGCAUUCACGCGGAGCGGCAACCUCAAGGGCCACAUGCGCACCCAACACAGGGAGCAGCCCUGA